UUCCAUUUGACAUUGCAUAAGUAUGUCAAUGUACCAAAAUAUUACAUUUUUAAUUUUGUAUCAUUAACUUUUUUUGUUACUGUUCUAUGUCUACAAUAAGCAACGAAGCAUUACCGGCUUCUGGAUCGAGGUCUAUCGAAGAAAUAAGCAACCCAGCACAGAUCGAAGGCAGCGAAUGUGGUUCUGAAGACGGUACCUACGGGGAAGCUCUCGUGCCCCAUCGAGUUGUCCUUGACUUCACUCCUAAUAAAGAAUUUGACAAUGACUACGUUCAAAGAAAAUGUGUUGCAUUUUGGGAUUUCAUUAAUAGCAAGCUUGAAUUAAAUAAUCUUUGUGCUAUAUCGGACCAAAGUGAUGAUCUAGAUCUGACAGAAGUCAGUGUUGAACCUGAUAGUAUAAGAUCUAAUGGGUUGAAGGCACUUACUCCGGAUUCACCAACAAAUCAGGAAAAAACUGCAGUUUCUGUCCUUGAAUUUGUUGAAGAAAAGGGUCUCAUAGAUAGAGCAUUUGAAGCAAGACUGCCGAAAUUGAAUUGUGAUUUGGACCUGGUGUCUUACUCUAAUGACACAUUUCCAUCAAAGGUCUCUCCAACAUCUAGAUCUUCAUCAAGUAAGCCUUACAAACAAAACAAACCACGCAAAAAGCCUGAUAAGGUAUCUUCACCAAAACUGAAAAAGUUUUGUAAGAACCUACAAAUAUGGAACGUGGAACAUCCUAAAUCCAUGGCACCACCAGGACCUGCUCCCGUGCUGCAUGCUGAUGUCAAACUUUUAUAAUAUAAUCAAUACUCUUUGCUACUAGGAAUGAGGAAGGGGCUCAUAAUUGAAAAGUACUUUAAUAUUUAAUUUAUUUAUUUUUUAUAAUAGUCUAGAAAUAAAAGUCUUUGUUGUUAUUUUUAUAUUUUAUAUACAUCUUUAUAUUUAGAAAUAAUUUGAUACAAUACAUUAAUUCAAAAUAAAAUUUUAAUUAAGAACCAUAAUUAGGAAUAAAAGUUUUGCUAAACCUAAUUUUUACAGGACGAUUCCACUCAAGCCAAAUAUCAAAUGAAUUAUUUUUCGUACAAAUACUUUUCCUUAAUUUUUUUUUGAAAUGGUCGUGGUUAUAAAUUUUAUAAGAUAAAUGAUUGCCACUGUUCUUUCUAUAGACAACUGUUAAAUAAUCUCGUUUUUAGAAAAGUUUGUUCUAGAGUAUGUAGAUUGAUAUGGGCUUUCUUUAAUUUCUAUGAAAAAGCAGAUUUUUUAUCGUUUUCACACUUAACCUUCUCUUCAGAUGCAUAUUUACGGUAACACUGAUUCACAUGACCAAAUUUAAUUGUUACCUAAUGAAAGUUACCUUAUGAUAAUUUUUAAACGAACCUGGCCAGGUAAUAUUAAAUUUCGUUGUAAAUAAUUUUAGGCAUUAUUAAACAAUAUGCCAAACUAUUAAAUUGUAACAACUGUGUAAUAACACACAUUAGCUUGAGUUUCAUUUUGCAUGGUGCUAUUUUUAUGCGCAGUAUGAGUUAACAUAACGUACGUGUGUAGUGACUUAAACUCUUUUGGCAUUAAGAAGUCCAGUGGUCUGAAUUUAACUAAACUAUUGUGCUAAAGAUCUUUGCUCCCGAGUUGACUUCUCGUUAUAUUUUAACAAGGUGACCGAAUAGAUACA